ACAAGGAAUUUCGUAGAACGUGGCCAUUCGCUUAUUCCACAUUAAUACUAAAACGAGAGGUAUUACAUGUGAGGCUGGAUUUAAAAUGAAGCCAUUUGAAAAGCUCAGGGAGGUGCUUUUUAAUCAUUGUUCAGGCAACUGAACUGUGGUACUAUAUGGUCCUACAUAGAUAGACUGGUUCAGAACGGGUGUUCUCUUCGGGAGGGAAACUUCAUAGGAUUUUGUCCCGAGACAAACACGGGUUCCGUCACAAACGCCAUAGUAGCCACGGAACAGUCUGGCAUCGAAACGCUACCAUGUCUGGCAUUGCUCUGAGUCGACUUGCACAGGAGCGUAAAGCAUGGCGGAAAGACCAUCCUUUUGGCUUUGUUGCUGUGCCAACGAAAAAUCCAGAUGGAACAAUGAACUUGAUGAAUUGGGAAUGUGCAAUUCCUGGGAAGAAGGGGACUCCAUGGGAGGGAGGUCUUUUCAAGCUGAGGAUGUUGUUCAAGGAUGACUACCCUUCAUCACCACCCAAGUGUAAGUUUGAGCCGCCUCUGUUUCAUCCGAAUGUAUAUCCCUCUGGAACGGUAUGUCUGUCCAUCCUGGAGGAGGAUAAAGACUGGAGACCGGCGAUCACCAUCAAACAGAUUCUGUUGGGAAUUCAAGAGCUUCUAAACGAGCCCAACAUCCAAGAUCCAGCUCAGGCUGAGGCCUACACCAUAUACUGCCAGAACAGAGUGGAGUAUGAGAAGAGAGUCCGAGCACAAGCCAAAAAAUUCUCUCCAUCGUAGGUGUGAUGCAGGGGGACGCGUUAAUACAGAAGGAGGGAGUGUGUCAGCACGCCCCCCCCUCUCUCUUUCUCGCUCUCUCUCUCUACCCUCCUUCCCCCUUCUGCCCCUUUCUUUCUGAGCACACGUGUUCUAUACACACCUGGACUUCAAACUUAAAAUUUGAACACGCUCUGUGCCAUCCAACUGCAUCUUACCCCUCCCCCACGAAACGCCCUGCCCAGGCCAUCCCUUCCUCCAUUCAUCCUCUUUCACUCCCUAGCUUUUGUUCAUUCUCUUUUAUUCCACCUCCCACAUCUUUGUCAGCAGUCUCAAGUCUGAACUGAAACUCCCAGAAAGCCCAGUGGCGACAUGGCUUCAUCCCCGGUGCUUCUCGCCUUGGCCAAACAUAGCCAGAAACUUCUGUAUGUUGCAGGUGACCUCAUGUGACUAUAUUUUGAGUUUAACUCUUAAAUGUGUGACUGUGGGCGUGAAAGUGUUAAUGUAAGUGUGUGCAUGAUACAUUUUUCCCCCCCUUUUUUAUUUUUAUUUUUUUCCCUCUCUGUGUAUGCACAUGCGUUUUUGUAUGUUAUUUUUUUUUUCUUUUUUUUUUAAUUAUUGCUUUCCUCGGCGGGAAAGGGCACCGUUGCCUUUGAUCCCUCCUCCCCAUCUCCUUUAAAAAAAAAAAAAUGUAAAAAGAAAAAAAAAUCAGAAGUACAUACAUAUUUCCCCCUCACAGGACCUGCCGAAGACAGAUGCGUACACUCCUGUCUUUUCUGCCUGUGUUCUUGUCCCCUUGUUUUUGUUUGUUCGUCAUUGACUUUGUUUUAAAUGAUGGGAACAUUAGGCCAUGCACUCUAUCUGUUCAAGUGCUUAGUCAAAAUAAAGCUCUUUCUACAAAAGUA